CCAGCUGCCAGCCCUCACCAUGCCGUGGCCGUUUUCGGAGUCUAUCAAGAAGAGGGCCUGUCGGUACCUCCUGCAGAGGUACCUGGGCCACUUCCUGCAGGAGAAGCUGAGCCUGGAGCAGCUCAGCCUGGACCUGUACCAGGGCACCGGGUCCCUCGCCCAGGUCCCCUUGGACAAAUGGUGUCUCAAUGAAAUCCUGGAGUCAGCAGAUGCGCCUUUAGAAGUCACGGAAGGGUUCAUUCAGUCCAUCUCUCUGUCGGUGCCCUGGGGCUCCUUGCUGCAGGACAACUGCGCACUGGAAGUGAGAGGGUUGGAAAUGGUCUUCCGACCGAGACCUCGCCUAGCAACUGGUUCUGAGCCUAUGUACUGGUCAAGUUUCAUGACGAGCAGUAUGCAGUUGGCAAAAGAGUGUCUUAGCCAGAAACUAACAGAUGAACAGGGAGAAGGAUCCCAACCUUUCGAAGGACUUGAAAAGUUUGCUGAAACUAUCGAAACAGUACUAAGAAGAGUAAAAGUCACUUUUAUAGACACCGUCUUGAGAAUUGAACAUGUGCCUGAAAAUUCCAAAACAGGAACCGCACUCGAAAUUCGAAUAGAAAGAACUGUGUACUGUGAUGAGACUGCUGAUGAAUCCUCAGGAAUUAAUGUACAUCAGCCCACAGCUUUCGCUCACAAGUUACUUCAGCUCUCUGGAGUGUCUCUCUUCUGGGAUGAGUUUUCUGCAUCAGCAAAAUCUUCCCCAGUGUGUUCAGCUGCACCAGUGGAAACUGAGCCAAAGCUGUCACCUAGCUGGAACCCAAAAAUUGUCUAUGAACCACAUCCACAGCUUACUAGAAGUUUACCAGAGGUAGCACCCUCUGACCCAGUGCAGAUUGGAGGGUUGGUUGGUAGAUUGGAAUUGAGUCUCACAUUGAAACAGAAUGAAGUACUUCCUGGAGCUAAGUUGGAUAUUGAUGGGCAGAUAGACUCUAUUCAUUUAUUCCUGUCGCCAAGGCAGGUCCACUUGCUUCUGGAUAUGUUGGCAGCUAUCGCAGGGCCAGAAAAUUCUAGCAAAAUAGGGUUAGCUAAUAAAGAUAGGAAAAAUCGACCCAUGCAGCAGGAAGACGAGUAUCGAAUUCAGAUGGAAUUAAACCGGUAUUAUUUGAGGAAAGAUUCUCUCUCUGUGGGUGUAUCUUCAGAACAAAGCUUUUAUGAGACAGAAACCGCUCGUACACCUUCUAGCCGUGAAGAAGAAGUUUUCUUCUCCAUGGCUGAUAUGGACAUGUCUCAUAGUCUUUCUUCUCUUCCACCCCUUGGAGACCCCCCGAAUGUGGACCUUGAGCUCUCACUAACUAGUACACGCACAAAUACCCCAGCAGGGUCUCCGUUAAGUGCGACCGUGCUUCAGCCCACUUGGGAUUUCCUUGAUCACCACAAGGAGCAGCCGGUAAGAGGGUCCGCGUUUCCAUCCAACCUAGUUCACCCCACAUCUUUGCAGAAGACCUCUCUCCCUUCUAGAUCUGUUUCAGUGGAUGAAUCCAGGCCUGAACUUAUUUUUAGACUAGCUGUGGGAACUUUUUCAGUGUCUGUACUUCACAUCGAUCCUUUAUCUCCACCUGAAACGUCAUUGAACCUUAAUCCACUGACACCUAUGGCAGUAGCUUUCUUUACUUGUAUAGGAAACACUGACCCAGCAAGAUUUUCAACAGAAGAGUUUAAGUCUUUCCGAGCAGUAUUUGCAGAAGCUUGCUCGCAUGAUCACCUUAGGUUUAUAGGUACUGGCAUCAAAGUAUCCUAUGAACAAAGACAAAGAUCAACUUUCCGCUAUUUUAGCACUGAUAUGUCCAUUGGGCAAAUGGAGUGUUUGGAGUGCCUGUUCCCAACGGAUUUUCAUUCUGUCCCUCCUCACUACACAGAGCUCUUAACGUUCCAUUCCAAAGAAGGAACUGACUCUCAUCCCCCGACAUGUCUUCAGCUUCAUUAUAAGCAUUCUGAGAACAGAGGACCCCAGGGCAGUCAAGCAAGACUUAGUUCUGUUCCUCAGAAGGCAGAAUUACAAAUUAAAUUGAAUCCAGUAUGUUGUGAAUUGGAUAUCAGUAUUGUGGACAGGUUAAAUUCCUUGCUUCAACCACAGAAACUUAGUACAGUAGAGAUGAUGGCAUCUCACAUGUACACGUCAUACAACAAGCAUAUUAGUCUGCACAAGGCUUUCACGGAAGUAUUUUUGGAUGAUUCACAUAAUCCUUCAAAUUGUCGAAUAUCAGUACAAGUUGCCACGCCAUCAUUGAACCUUUCUGUUCGCUUCCCAAUACCGGAUCUUCGAUCAGAUCAAGAAAGGGGACCAUGGUUUAAGAAGUCACUUCAGAAGGAGAUCCUUCAUUUAGCCUUCACAGAUCUAGAAUUUAAGACGGAAUUUGUAGGAGGAUCCACCCCGGAACAAAUUAAAUUGGAGCUUACAUUUAGAGAACUAGUGGGGUCAUUCCAAGAAGAGAAAGGAGAACCGUGUAUGAAGUUUUUCCACGUGGCCAGUGGAGUAGAUGGAGACACAGCAUCGUCAGAUGACUUUGACUGGCCGCGAAUUGUACUGAAAAUAAAUCCACCAGCCAUGCAUUCCAUUUUGGAGCGAAUAGCAGCCGAGGAAGAAGAGGAAAAUGAUGGGCACUACCAGGAAGAAGAGGAAGGAGGCGCUCAUUCCUUGAAAGAUGUCUGUGACCUGAGAAGACCAGCCCCAUCUCCUUUUUCUUCUCGUAGAGUAAUGUUUGAAAAUGAACAGAUGGUGAUGCCAGGCGACCCUGUAGAAAUGACAGAGUUUCAGGAUAAAGCAAUCAGCAAUUCUCACUAUGUGCUGGAACUUACGUUACCAAAUAUUCAUGUAAUACUACCUAAUAAAAGCUUUUAUGAGAAGCUUUAUAAUAGGAUCUUUAAUGAUUUGUUGCUGUGGGAGCCAACAGCCCCUUCACCAGUGGAGACGUUAGAAAAUAUUUCCUAUGGGAUUGGACUUUCAGUAGCCAGUCAGCUGAUUAAUACCUUCAACAAAGAUAGCUUUAGUCCAUUUAAGUCAACAGUUCACUAUGAUGAGGAAAGUGGAUCUGAGGAGGAGACCUUGCAGUAUUUUUCUACCCUUGAUCCCAGCUACCGUUCCCGUCGGAAGAAAAAACUAGACUGUCAGAACAAGAACUCACAGAGUUUCCUCUCAGUCCUUCUGAACAUUAACCAUGGAUUAAUGGCUGUGUUCACAGAUGUAAAGCAAGAUAAUGGAGAUCUGUUGGAGAACAAGCAUGGCGAGUUCUGGCUAGAGCUCAGCAGUGGCUCGUUAUUUUGCGUGACAAGAUAUGAAGGUUUUGAUGACAAGCACUACAUCUGCCUUCACUCUAGCACCUUCAGUCUGUACCACAAAGGCAUAGUAGAUGGAGUGAUUCUUCCUGCAGAAACACGACUGCCCAGUCCAACCCGGCCGCACUGGUUGGAGCCCACCAUUUAUUCCUCUGACGAAGAUGGCCUUCACAGAGCGUCUGCAGAUGGCGUUGGCGGAGAGAGUUCGAAUAUGCUCUCUGUUGCAGUGAAAAUAUUGUCUGAUAAAUCAGAGUCCAAUACAAAGGAGUUUCUCAUUGCCGUGGGACUGAGAGGAGCCACUCUCCAGCACAGAAUGCUCCCCUCCGGGCUUAGCUGGCAUGAGCAGAUUUUAUACUUCUUGAAUAUUGCUGAUGAACCUGUUUUGGGGUAUAAUCCUCCAACUUCAUUUACAACUUUCCAUGUUCAUCUUUGGAGCUGUGCACUUGAUUAUAGGCCCCUGUAUCUGCCAAUCCGAUCUCUCCUAACUGUGGAAACAUUCAGCGUUUCUAGUAGUGUUGCACUGGACAAGUCCUCCUCUACUCUCAGAAUAAUCUUGGAUGAAGCUGCUUUACAUCUGUCUGACAAAUGUAAUACCGUCACUGUCAAUUUGAAUAGAGAUUAUGUUCGUGUGAUGGAUAUGGGGCUUUUGGAAUUAACCAUAACUGCAGUGAAGUCUGAUUCUGAUGGAGAACAAACGGAGCCCCGCUUUGAGUUACACUGUUCCAGUGACGUUGUCCAUAUCAGAACGUGUUCAGACUCCUGUGCCGCACUGAUGAAUCUCAUUCAGUACAUUGCCAGCUACGGCGACUUACACGCGCCUGACAGGGCGGAAACGAAGCCUGGAGCGGCUCCAAAGAAGCCCAAGACAGAUUCCAGCGGUCGGACAUCCUCGCGUGGUCCCGUGCUUCCUGAGGCAGAUCAGCAGAUUUUACAAGAUCUGAUGAGUGAUGCCAUGGAGGAGAUCGACGCCCAGCAGGCCCCGUCGUCCGUAAACCCACAGGCCAAUGGCAUUUUGGAUGAAAAAGCUCAAAUACAGGAGCCAUGCUGUUCGGACCUUUUCCUGUUUCCGGAUGAGAGUGGGAAUGUGUCCCAGGAGUCUGGCCCCACUUACACCUCCUUCACUCACCACUUGAUAAGCGAUGUGGUGGCUGGUGUGCCGGCUGAAAAUGAUGACUUCUGCAUUCUUUUUGCACCAAAAGCAGCUGUCCAGGAGAAAGAAGAAGAACCAGUUAUAAGAAUCAUGGUCGAUGACACGAUCGUGAUUAGAGACAAUCACUUCAGUCUGCCCAUCAAGAAGACAGACACAAGCAAAGCCCCGGUACACUUCCCCAUCCCUGUCAUUCGGUAUGUGGUGAAGGAAGUCUCUCUUGUAUGGCAUCUCUAUGGAGGAAAAGAUUUUGGAGCAGUUCCUCCUACUUCUCCUGCUAAGAGUUACAUAAGCCCCCAGAGUUCACCUUCUCACACACCCACAAGACAGGGGCGUAAUAUGGUGUGUGGGGGAAAAGGAAGAAACCAUGACUUCUUAAUGGAAAUACAAUUAAGCAAGGUUAAGUUUCAGCACGAAGUCUAUCCUCCGUGCAAACCAGAGUGCAAUUCCAGCCUCUUAGAACACCCAGUCUCCCGGCAGGUGUUUAUUGUUCAGGAUCUGGAAAUUAGAGACCGUUUGGCAACAUCACAAAUGAAUAAAUUUUUGUACCUGUAUUGCAGUAAAGAAAUGCCUCGAAAAGCUCAUUCCAACAUGUUGACAAUUAAAGCAUUACACGUGCGUCCUGAGUCUGGCAGGUCUCCACAGGAAUGCUGCUUGAGAGUGUCACUGAUGCCACUGCGCCUCAAUAUCGACCAGGAUGCCUUAUUUUUCCUGAAGGAUUUCUUCACAAGUCUUUCUACAGAGGUGGAGCUCCUAAUGACCCCAGAUCCAGAAGUUAAAAAGUCUCCUGGAGCCGAUGUCACCUGCAGUUUGCCAAGGCAUUUGAGUGCCUCAAAGGAGCCAGAUCUGGUCAUCUCUAUCCCUGGGCCAAAGCAGCCUUCUCAAAGUGACAGUGCCGCCUCAGUGGACGUGGCUAACGGGGCAGAGGGGAAGGACUUCUCUGCUGAAGAAACAUCAUUUGGUGACCAGCCUGUGUUUUUUAGAGAAUUUAGGUUCACGUCAGAAGUUCCUAUUCGACUUGAUUAUCAUGGCAAACAUGUGUCCAUGGAUCAGGGUACACUAGCUGGGAUUCUGAUUGGUCUGGCUCAGUUAAACUGCUCGGAACUAAAGCUGAAGAGGCUUUUCUACCGGCAUGGUUUGCUAGGUGUGGACAAAUUAUUUUCAUAUGCGAUGACUGAGUGGCUUAAUGAUAUUAAGAAGAACCAGCUGCCAGGAAUCCUGGGAGGAGUGGGUCCUAUGCACUCCCUAGUACAAUUGGUGCAAGGCCUGAAGGACUUGGUCUGGCUUCCUAUUGAGCAGUACCGGAAGGACGGUCGCAUCGUCAGAGGGUUUCAGAGAGGUGCUGCUUCCUUUGGGACCUCAACAGCAAUGGCUGCUCUAGAGCUCACCAACAGGAUGGUGCAGACUAUACAGGCUGCAGCAGAGACUGCUUACGACAUGGUGUCCCCUGGUACCCUUUCCAUCGAACCCAAGAAGACCAAGCGGUUUCCUCACCACCGGUUAGCCCACCAGCCAGUGGACCUGCGGGAAGGUGUGGCCAAGGCCUACAGUGUGGUGAAAGAGGGCAUCACGGACACGGCUCAGACCAUUUACGAGACGGCGGCCCGCGAGCACGAGAGCAGGGGCGUUACUGGCGCCGUGGGCGAAGUCCUGCGUCAGAUCCCCCCGGCGGUGGUGAAACCCCUGAUUGUCGCCACGGAAGCAACAUCCAACGUGCUGGGUGGCAUGAGAAACCAAAUCAGACCGGAUGUCCGGCAAGACGAAUCCCAGAAGUGGCGCCACGGUGAAGACUGAUGUCGCAGCGCAGCUGGGGAGGAUGACGAGGGUGGGGGUCGCAGCGCCGCUGGGAGAGGAGGACAGGGUGGGAGUCGGGGCGCCGCCCAGCGGCAGCUUCGGGGGAGCUCAUCUAGUUUUGUUGUGCUCAUCUCAGGAACAAAAGCAUUUUUUAGUUAAAUAAUUUAAUGUCAAAACAACAUACAACCAAAAGGUUCUGACAUCUUAGGGCUAGGUUCAUACUUGCCAGGGAUGUUUGGUGGCUGGUGUCAAAGGUCCUACAAGCAUUUGCUGCCAAGUUAAUGCAACACUUACUUUUUUACAAAAGACUCGAAUUUCCUUGUUACAGAUGGGCUACCGUGGAAGCCCCUCAGAGCGCUCAGAAAACCUGAACACUCUUCAGAGCGCUACUUGUCUAGUUCUGGGGAGCUCAUUUUUCUCAAGGUUUAAAAAUCACAGCUUCAAAACUUUCAGUGAGAAUGAGAGACAUAAACCACAGAGGAAGCAAAGCACAUAGGAGUUUCAGUGUAAGCGUCAGUGUGGAGAAGAUAACCGACUCCUUGGAUGUAGUGCCCACGCCCCUGAGAACAAUACGAUUCCAUUUCCCCCGAAAGUCCUCCCGUAGGGGUUUGAGGAAGUGAAUGUCACAGACCUGGUCUGUCGUGUUGCACUUUAUCCCGUGUGUGUAAGUGUGUGUAGGUGAAUACGAGUCAUGUAAUGUAUUCUAUAUGCAAUUCACUAAGUUCCCAAGUAGAAGUAGAAAGGGGCGUAAACUCAUCUGAGAGUUCUGGCCGAGGACGGCAGCCAGUCCCCGUGCAGCCGCUGGCUUUACCUACGGUGUGAGUGGACAACCGUGUCUGGCUCCAUUUUAAGUAGCCGUGGUGCAGGCGUGUUAGGAAUGUGUGGAAAGAGGUCGCAAGUGAUUUUUACUCUUUUAAAAGUAAACAAAUCCUCCAAGUAUGCCCUGGUUAGCUAUUAUGAAGUACCAUUUUUAUUUGGUUAACAAUGUACAUUUUGAUAACCUGUCAGGAAUGAAUAAAGAAUUUUUAUUUAAAGGUGAAACUGUUUUAUGCUUCCAUGAACACUUUGCUUUUCUUAGAGCAUAUUCAUAGAUGCAGUCUUAUGUAUGAUUUCCCCGGGAUAUUGCACAUUUCCUCCAGAUUGACCGCUGAUGUCAAGGAAGUUGUUACCUAGGAGUGAGAGGGCGAGCAUUUUCAAUACCUGCAUUUAGGUAAAUCUAGCAGAAAGAUUGUAACUUCGCACGCACUCACUAUUUAAAGCUGCACGUUGUCUCUUAAGGGGGGCUCUGUCACUGAGGUGAAUUUGGAUCUCAGGGCUGCAUUUUGGUUUGGGGUUUGGGAGAUGAAGUUAUAGAUCUUCCUCUAAACCUUCUAGGUAGGACAGCGAUGUAAACCCCCAAAUCCACACAUUUAGAAUUUAUAAAAUGGUGUUACGUAGCAUUAAGUCUUACUUCUCUUUUAUUUCCUUUUCACUGCCAAAACCUUUAAGAAAGCGGUGCCCGGAGUAACCACCCCUUAGGCAUUCUGGAGCCAUUAGUCUUCUGUCUCUACUAAGUGGGGUCCUGACGAAGUGGGGCACGUCCUGACCCGGUGCAUCACCACGCAGUCAGCUGGCUUCGGGGGCAUCUGGCCUCCCUGCUCCCUGACUCCGGGGUUCUCCAUUCCCCUGAGGGUGAAACACCCUAUGCAUGUUAUUAAUCAACGGAAAGACACUCGACAAACUUAACAUUUUAAAUCCCUUUAACUUGUGGCUUUGCUUUGCGUCGUCAUGCCCGGGCUCAGCUACAGUACAGGGAGAGGCCGUUACACUCGUUUGCGCUCUGAGUUGCAAAUAGGUCCUUUUUACAGAUUCAGUUUACAGAUACCACUUAAACAGAUCUUUGUAAUCCGCGUGAUUCUCAGUUCUGCCCUCCUGCUGCUGCUAUAAAUAGAAACAUUGUUUGGGAACAAAAACUUAUGUCUCAGAAAGAUUAGUCUCCAAGAUCUAGUCCUUGUAGAGUAGAUGUUGGCCGCUGUUUCCCUGAGAUGUUUGUAGAGUCCCUUUCUGUAUUUGAAUACUUCCAGGGUGUUAAGUAUCCUUAACUUUCCCUUUUUAAAAGCAGCUUUUCACACUUUUGUAUGGGAUGACAGUAGAGGAGUGUUGGUCAGGAUUCUUGGGCCAGAUGUGUGACUUACCCAGGGAUGACUCGGCCAAGACAUUCAGUCUGCCUGAGCCACUGUCCCUUUGUGUACAGGAAGGGUUUCAGAUGGUUAGGCAGUGAGUGCGUGCGUGUGCGUGUGUGUGUGUGCGCGAAUGAUGUGUGUGUGUGAGUGAUGUGUGCGUGCGUGUGUGAGAGCGAUGGUGUGUGACAAAUGCUCAGUGGAGUGCCCAGGUCUGUGAUGUUCCCGAGGGGGGCCAGGAGGGCAGGGCAUUGUCCAGUGAGAGCCAUCUGAUCCCCUCACACACAGGGUGGCCCCGGGCUACUUUAUUUUUAUGCCGGAGGGCACAUGUGUGUGAGAGAGAAAGGGAGAGUGAACGAACCUUAGGGGUCCUGGGCAUGCUGCCGUCUUCUAUCUUCCAAUUCUCCGUCCUGUCAGGAUCCUGGGCACUUGCAUGUUUUUCAAGCUGCCUUGGCAGGGACUUGAACCCUGAUCAGCCUGGGAUCAGGCUUCCUCUGCAUAGCACUUAACUGCUGUGCCAUGGGGGCUGGCCAAAGGCUACUUUAGUUCUUGAGUCUCUCAAAAUAAUGCAUUCUGAACUGCCACAUAGCCGUGCAGUUGAGUUUGACGGGAUACUUCCGACUGGAGUAGACUGCGUGUCUGCUUGCUGCUACACCGUGUCCUGUGGUUCUUCCCCUUCCCCACCACAGAGCCCAGGUAAGCCAGCCUUCCCGACUCUGUCGGUGAGCUUCCGAAUGCCACAGUGCUACCCUCACGCCGAGGUCACCUGUGUCACAGGUGGAAAGGCAGUAGAGGCCGCAGCGAUGGCUUCCUGAGUGGGGCUCUUCUGGAUCCCCCCGAUUUUCUUUCCUGCCUGUCCCCAGGUUGCAGUUCUUUACAAAUAGAAUAUCCACCGAGCACUUGCCUUUCAGGGUAGAUAAGACAUGGUAUUUCUCCUGGACAUUGUAGCUGUAGACUUUCUUUCUAAUGAAUUUCGAGUACCAUUCAGAGUCCCAUUUAAGUACAUAUAUUUGACAUCAAUAUUUUUAUAAAGCAAAACUCACUUUAAGGAAAAAAUCUUUCCGAGUAGCAGUGGACCUAAAACACUAGCAAAACACUAACAGCAGCAUUUCCUGUGUCCUGCCACAUGUCGCUUAAGUGCUAUUGCAGUGUUUCCAGCUUUUCUCCCUUAGACUCCUCUGUAGGUUUGGUGCCUUUGUUCAGUUCCUGAAAAGUCCAAUCAUGUCUGCUCCUGCAGAGGCAGCCGCUUGUCCAAGGGUGAGGUGCCUCCCUCAGCUGUGGUGUGACAGUGUCCUUGGCACCUAUGUCCUCUCAUGAGGUGUACUCUGGCGUCAGGCGGAGUUGAAUUUCAAGUCACGAUUCUAAGCAAGCACCCACAAUUAUUAUCUUAAUGUUAAUUUUAAUCUUAUACAUUUAAGAAACUGCAAGUCUUCAGAGAAAUCUCUCAAUUUCGCUUUGCUUCACUUUUCUUAUACCUGCCUGAGUAAAGUUCCUCAGACUCAUGGGGGGAGCAGCUGGGCCAUCAUGAGCACACCUCUUCCCUGUUUCCCUUCACGGCCUCUUGACUUACAGGGGCCAUUAGAAGCUGUGUAAGGUCGUUUGCAGAAAGGCACUGCAAGUGCAGAGUGAUUUUCUCUCAUAUCUGCAAACGCAUCAGCGUGCAUUCCAGCUGCUAGCAAAUAAAAUAAAUCUGACACACAUUUUGGAGUCUUAGGUUAAAAAAGGAAGAUUAUUUCUACAUUGUAUAGAUAAAGGGAACAAAGAUUUCUUGUUUUUCAUUACCAAGAAAUUGUACUUUUGUUUACUGGAAGACGUAGUCACUCUUUUCCUAUAAGAAUAAUGCAGUGCUUUAAUGCCAACUUAUUUUUAUCUCAACCUUUUCAAGAUCAUGCUAGGCACACUGCUCCUUUUACCUGACAUUAUGUGCACAGUUGCAGGUCAGCCAGUUUUAUUCUGAAGUAUCUUCCUUUUGUCCUAGUGUCUGCAAAUCAGAGAUAGAAAAAGCAUUCCAACACGCUACCAUGGGA